AUCACAUGCCCGUGAGUCACUCCAGAUGUGCUCAAAAACAGAGUCUCUCUGUGGAAGCUCAGGGCCCCAAUCCCGGAGAGAGUAGCUUAACAGGUCCCACUCCUGCCCUCCCCAGGAGGCAGCCCCCUGCCUCCACCCCUCUAGGGCAGGAGAGGGCAUCUCAGCACGUCCGGAAAGGGAAGGGCAGUAAGAUCAAUAUUGUUGCACUGCGAGGACCAGUACAGGCAUACCUGGGGCUCCUGGGGUCCCACUGGUUGGAAGACGACUUUGCACCUUUUUGGAGGAAAAGAUGUGUUGGAAGACGCUGCUGCUUCUGCUGUUGUGUUAUGAUGCUCAGGCCACUCUGUCCCACAGGUGGAGCAGGGCCGUGCUCUUCCCUGCAGCCCACCGGCCAAAGAGGUCCUCGUCUGUGCCCUUGAACCCCAUCCUGCAGAGCUCCCUGGAGGAAGUGCAACUGCUCUAUGAGUUCCUGCUGGCUGAACUGGAGAUCGGCCCCGACCUGAAGAUCUCCAUCAAGGACGAGGAGCUGGCCUCCCUACGGAAGGCCGCCGACUUCCACACCAUCUGCAAUGACGUGAUCCCCAAGAGCAUCCCGGACAUCCGCCGGCUGAGCGCCAGCCUCUCCAGCCACCCCGGCGUCCUCAAGAAAGAGGACUUCGAAAGGACAGCACUGACCCUGGCCUACGUGGCCUACCGCACAGCUCUGUCCCAAGGGCAUCAGAAGGACGUCUGGGCCCAGGCCCUCCUUAGCCUCUUCCAGGCCCUGAGGCAUGACUUGAUGCGGUCCUCAGGCCCCAGAGCAUCUCCCUGAGAGACUGGCCGGCACCAGGACCACAGAGCAGGGACCAGCACACACAGUAAUCCAGAAAGUCUUCAUUCUCAACUCCCUUUAGAGACCAGCCUCAAAACACAUACCACCAACUCAGAGUAACAGAGAUAAAGUAAGAAAGCCCGAUGCUCUUUGCCCCUUAACUUCUUAACAAGCACAAGAUUGUGAUUCAUAUCAUAAUGUGACCUGGGCUGGAAAAAAAAAAAAAAAAAAGGCUGGAGUGACCAUUCAAGAUGCCUCCAGAGGCCAAACGGUUUGCCUAGAGACAUGUACGCAUCUAAGAUGUGCUUCGACACUGAGUGAAUGUGACACAAACACCCACAUUUGUGAGAACAGAGCUGGGGGCGACAGCACAGAAGCCUGGGCAUGGCAGGAAGGUGAGGGACAGAUUUCUUUGGUCCUAAGAGACCAGGGUACUCGACUGAAUGAACAUCUUUCCACAGUUCUGUAGUAAGCAACUAGAGCUACGCCAAAUCAAUCCAUUGUUAACUAAGGAUGUAUUUCCCAACUGUUCCAAAAGCCACCAAGAAGAAUCAGUCAGAACAUCAGUCAUGUACCCAUGUAUCUAGACUCUUCUUUUCUGAAAGCUGGAGAAACACAGAGGGGGCCCAUAGAAAUGCGACUGUCAUGCGUUGCAUUUUGUACCGAGAAACAAAGCUAACCUGGAGAGAGUCAGCCUAACAAAAGAGGUGACACCAACAGCCAGGCCUGCCUAGCCUCAUGCUAAAAUUGCCCAGCAUCCCCAGAGAUUUAAGUGCUUCAAAUAAAUGUGACUUUCAGAGGACAGAAUUUUACCCUUUCAAAUACCAAAGCUUCCAUUUUAGCAAUAGCGAUUGGAUGUGUUUUCUAAAGUAUUCACAUAAAAUGCCUUAAGCUUU